AUGGUUUUGAAGACCUUUCGAUUAGAUAGUAGUAAGCGAUAUCAGGUUGUUGCUGAGCCGUUAACUCCCGAGACGUUUGCGCCGUAUGGAGGGGUUAUCAGUGUAGAUCAUCAGAUAACUGGUUUGGUUGAAGCGUCUCAAGCAAAUUACGGGACUGCGAUAAAACUCCAUAAAGUUGCUCCUGUGAUUAACGAGUAUGGAAAUUGUUCUAGCGGCAGAAAAGCAAGUGCCAAUUGGAACAUAUUUAGGUGUAAAGCACCAACUCAUUUGAUUAAACAUGGUGGCACCAAAUCGGUUUAUCUUUCAAAAGUGCUUGAAAGACACCCGUUUACAACUCAGACUUUUUUACCGUUAGGUCAAGAUUUGAGUAAGAAAGCGUAUUUGGUUAUAGUAGCUAAAACAGAUGAUCUGUCAAGUGACAAUUUGCCUGAUCCAACAAAGAUCAGGGCUUUUCUAUGUAAGGGGAACCAAUCAGUUACUUAUGGAGUAGGAGUAUGGCAUGCGCCAAUGGUUGUUAUUGAUGAAACAAUACCAUACUUGGAUUUCGCUGUUUUGAUCCAUGAAAAUGGCGUUGCUGAGGAGGAUUGUCAGGAAUGUUAUUUUGUACCUGGGUUUAAUAUUGAAUAUACACUUGACACGCCUAACCUAUAA